AACCCGGGACCUCAAGAGCGAGCUAGAGGCGGGCUCGCCGCAGUGGCUGGAGCCUCAGCGGCCCAGCGUGCGGCCGCCCCGCGCGGGAAGCCAGGAAAGAAACCAUGCAGGCAUUUCUAAAAGGCACAUCUAUCAGUACUAAACCACCAUUGACCAAAGAUCGAGGAAUAGCUGCCACUGCAGGAAGCAGUGGAGAAAACAAGAAAGUCAAACCUGUUCCAUGGGUGGAAAAAUAUCGCCCAAAAUGUGUGGAUGAAGUUGCUUUCCAGGAAGAAGUAGUUGCAGUGCUGAAAAAGUCUUUAGAAGGAGCUGAUCUCCCCAAUCUCUUAUUUUAUGGGCCACCUGGAACUGGUAAAACGUCUACUAUUUUGGCAGCAGCUAGAGAACUGUUUGGUCCUGAACUGUUUCGAUUAAGAGUUCUUGAGUUAAAUGCAUCUGAUGAACGUGGAAUACAAGUAGUACGAGAGAAAGUGAAAACUUUUGCUCAAUUAACUGUGUCAGGAAGUCGUUCAGAUGGGAAACCAUGUCCUCCUUUUAAGAUUGUAAUUUUGGAUGAAGCAGAUUCUAUGACCUCAGCUGCUCAAGCAGCUUUAAGGCGUACCAUGGAGAAAGAGUCCAAAACAACCCGAUUCUGUCUCAUCUGUAACUAUGUCAGUCGAAUUAUUGAACCCUUGACCUCUAGAUGUUCAAAAUUCCGCUUCAAACCUCUGUCAGACAAAAUUCAACAGCAGCGGUUACUAGAAAUUGCUGAGAAGGAAAAUGUCAAAAUUAGCAGUGAGGAAAUAGCUUAUCUUGUUAAAAUAUCAGAAGGAGACUUAAGGAAAGCUAUUACAUUUCUUCAAAGUGCUACUCGAUUAACAGGUGGAAAUGAGGUCGUGGAAAAAGUGAUUACAGACAUUGCUGGGGUAAUACCAGCUGAAACCAUCAAUGGGAUAGUUGCUGCUUGUCAGAGUGGGUCUUUUGAUAAACUAGAAGCUGUGAUAAAGGACUUAAUAGAUGAUGGCCAUGCAGCAACCCAACUUGUGAAUCAACUUCAUGAUGUAAUUGUAGAGAAUGACCACCUUUCUGAUAAACAAAAAUCGAUAAUUACAGAAAAGCUUGCUGAUGUGGAUAAAUGCUUAGCCGAUGGUGCUGAUGAACACCUGCAGCUCAUUAGCCUUUGUGCAACUCUAAUGCAACAACUGACUCAGAAUUGCUGAGUUGGCGCUAGUCACCUGGUUUAUAAAAACCCCCCUUUGUACAACUGCUUAAAAUGCAAAUAAAAUGAAAGCUUCAUUUUUAAA